AUGUCUGCGUUCGCAAGCAUUUGUGCGUUAAUUUUCCUUUCAAUAACACUUCAGGUUUGCGAAUGCUCAAACGUCCAAGCCUUCUUUCGUAAAAAAGAUGGUAAAUACUUAGCAAAUCAUGUCAUAGAAACAAAACAAGCUAAAACAGAGUUGGAGUGCAGUAUGUAUUGCGUUCGACAUAGCUCAUGUGUGUCUGUUAACUAUAAAAUAUCUGGAAUUGGUAAAGGUCGAUGUGAGCUCAACAGCAAGACCCUUCAAGACACCUCCGACGAUGAUGAAUGUACGAGUGACCCUGAGUUCAAGCAUCUUUAUAUAAUCAAAAUAAAUUCGGAACCAACAAGCCCUUCAAAAACAUCACGAAAGAUCUCCACAGGUAUUUUUAAUCGUACCGACAAAUCAGCCCCAUUUGAAACUUGCACGAUUCUACGAUCAGAAAAUCGUUCAGCUGAAAGUGGAAAGCAUUUCAUAAAGCCACGAGGGAUUAACUACACGGUGCCUGUAUUUUGUAACAUGACCUCGAAGAAUGGUGCUGGUGUGACAGAAAUUGGACAUGACAGUGAAUCACGAACAUUUGUAACCGGAUAUGAGGACGCGGGCUCCUACCAACGAAUGAUUAAAUAUGAAAUUUCCAUUGACCUGAUUGUUGCCAUUAUGAACCAGUCCAAGAAUUGCGAGCAGUGUAUAAAGUAUGAAUGUUACAGUAGUAUUUUCUACACUACUAAUGGUGAACAAUUCGCUUGGUGGGUAUCACGUCAAGGCAAAAAGAUGAAUUACUGGGGUGGAGCGGCAGUCGACAGUGGAAAAUGUGCCUGUGGAAUAAACAACAGCUGUGCAGGUGGAGGAAAAUGUAAUUGUGACAAAAAUGAUGCAACAUGGCGUGAAGACAGUGGAUACCUGACAGACAAGAGCACGCUGCCUGUUACUGAACUGAGAUUUGGAGAUACUCGUCGUGGUAAUGAGACAUGGCUAUCAUACACUGGGUACAUUACGUUGUUGGGGUUGAGAGGAGCUACGUCAGUCUCUUGCGACUAA